CAUAUCCUUCACAUUGCCUUUGCUUCAAGCGUUAGGAUUUCUAGUUUGUUUUGUUUGGUAAAAAAUAAAGCUGUUUGAGGCGUUGGGAUGCUGAGAUCUUUUUGAGUGGAGUAGCCCAACAUGUCGGUUACAAAUCAGGGAUCGUCGCGUCCAUCGAUAAUUAGCGACUUGGACCGUUUGCAGCAAAUUAAAUCUUCAGGAGGACUUCUAAGUGAAAUUGAUGAACAGAGAUUGCGGCGUCAUCAGUUGUGGAACCUAAGAAAGAAAUGGAUCAAGGACCAUCAUUUGAGCGCUAGAGAACCAUUACACCCUCCCAUAACAUUCAUGGAAAAAAUGAAAUGUAGAGAAGGAGCGUUCUGGGAUAAACAUUUGAAAUAUAAGACAGUUGCGGAUAUGCUUUACGGAAAAGGUUUUAUAAGAGAAUUCCCAAAAUUAAUGUUUUACAAAGCGCAAAAGGGGGCUCGAAGUUAUCUUCUCUUUUUCAUGAUUCCAAUGGUUCCUGUACUGGCGUGGCUGAAACAUGUAGUGGAGGACGAUCCCAGCAACGUUUUACGAACACCUUAUAUGCCGACAUACCCUGGUGACAAAAGGUUUGUUGCCGCAAGAAAGGACGUCACAGUUGAUAUGAGAACGCUUCAAGUUAUUCCGAAAGAAGGAGUUGAAGUUACAAUCCAAGAAAAUUAAUUUUUCUGUGUCGAUUUUUUUCUCUUGAAUAUAUUAGAUUUACAUUGAAUGCAA